AUGAAUCAAUACAGUAAACACUCCAUAUUAAACUCAUCAUUCGAAUGCAUUAUACCAACAACGGAUGAACUCAAUUACGAAACAAGUCAAGUAAAAUGCCCACAUGGAGAGAAAAAUUCAACAUUAGAAAAAUGUCAAAAAGUCUUUAAAAAUAUAAUGGCACUAAAUGUACAUCUUCAAAUGUAUCACAAAGAAACAGGCAUAGUUACUGCUUCAAAUAAGUAUACAUCACGUAUCGGACGAUAUCAUUGCCCAAUAGGCGAUUGUAUAUUUUAUUGUCGUUGCAAAAAGGAUCAUAGUCAAUCAUUAUCAUUUUCAAAUUUUAAUGCUGUACGACUUCAUUAUUUACGGCAACAUGGUCUGAAAAAAGAACAGUGUUCGAAAUGUUUGAAAUCAUUUGGUCUUCAUCAAGAUUUGAUUGGACACGAAAAGAUUUGUGGUGUUCACUGUCCUUUUUCGUGCUCAAAUUGUGAUCAACAAUUUCAAAAUCGAACAAGUCUACGACGACAUCAACUAAAAUAUCAUACCGAUGCUAAUAGUGAAUCUCAAAAUAAUAAUUAUUAUAAUAGUGUGAUCAAUGCUCUUCCUUCGUUACCAAAAUCAAGUGAACGUCGAAAACGACUAAAUCGUCGUCGUCCACUUCUACCAGAUCAAAUUGAACUAUCUCGUCAAAACAUUCUUUCACAUCAACCUGUUACAAUAAAUCCACUUGCAUUGGAACUAUUAAAAAGCUUCAAUAAUGAAAAGCUUCCUGUAUCAUCAUCUUCUACAAUCGAUUCUACUCUCAUAUGUGAAUCAGAUAGCGAUAAAGCAACUCAAACAUAUACUCGGGUUUCUGUUGGUACAGAAUGUUGUUCAUUAACAAGUACUGAUUUAAAUUUAAUACCUCCCGUACCAAUAAAAACAACUGAACAAAAAUCUAGUCAAACUCAAAGUCGUAUAAGAGUGUAUAAGAAACAAUCACGAAAUUCAACGAAAAAAUCUAUCAUGACAUCAACAAUAACACCAACAAUAGCGACAGAUGAUGUAUCACCGAUUACUUUUUACAAAAUGCCAACCGAUACAUUCAAUGCAUCCACAAUGACUCAAUGGGAAAAUGCUCCUGUUAAUGAAAUAGAAACUCACUUCUUUACUCCAACACGUUCAGAUAUGUCUAUUCAAACAGUUGGUAAUGUUUCAAAUCUACUUGAUUAUCCAUCAGAAUCAUCCGAUAAUAAUAAUAGUGUUAUCGUUCAAACAUUACCUAUAUCAAUGACAUCAACACAAAUGCAAACAAUAACAGAAUAUCCAUUGGAACAAGCGACGAACCAAUAUGAGAAUUAUGUAUUACCAUAUCAGGAAUCUGUUGGUACAUCAUGCUUUCUAGAUGAAUUUUUACUUGAUGAUUUUUCAAAAAAUGAUUCAUCAUCAUCGGUUUUAUUUGAUUUCGAUGCUAUGGAUUUACUUGAUCUAAUUGACAAUGGUACUCAAACAUAUCCAUUAAUUGCAUCACACGAAGCACAAACAAUGACUAAUUGGGAUCCAAUGUUAUUAAAUGAAGAUGAAUGGAUUCGAACAAUGAUGAAUAAUUAA